UUCAGUUCACAGCUGCUUUCAUUAAAGAAAUAUAAACUUCUGCUAGCAAGUGAAUUUUUCAGAAAAUAUUGGAGUAAUGCUAGAUAUUAAUUAAUUGAUAUUAUUUGGCAUUUAUUUAGUUAAUAUUUGUUUAGAAAUAAUGGCGUCUGUUUUACGAACUGGCAUUUCUAAACUUCGAAACAGUACCUCGGGAUUAUGUAAGAUAUCGUCUACGAAAAAUGUACCAUUUAUUCAAGUCGCAUGUAUAAGUACACGAGAAGUGAGAAAAUUACGUGAACCACGUCCACCGCCUUUUCCCUAUGAGGAAAAAAAAUUUAAGCUUUGGAAUCAAUUGUUUGAUGACACAACUUUUCGUUUCGAUGAUAAUACAAAAUUUAUUGUCGUCGAGGGUCCACCAGCUAUAGGUAAAACUGAACUUUGUAAAAAAUUAGCUCACGAGCUGGAUAUGUUGUACGUUCCUCAAUCACAUUUAGACGAUUAUUAUGUGCGAAUGUACGAUUUCGAUUUGAAAACACUAGACGAUAAAAUGCCCGAAACAUGUAAAACUUGUGAUUUGCCGACUUUCUUGAAAAAUCCAACUCUAAGGAACGGCGCUAAAGUACAAGCGAGAUUUUUUAUGCUCAGAUUUCAAAAGACUUUACACAUUCUGACUCAUAUAAUGUCCACGGGUCAGGGAGUUGUCACUGAAAGAAGUGCUUGGUCCGAUCAAUGUUUUGCAAACGCAAUGAAUAGCAAUGGAUAUUUUUCCAAUGAAGCUCUUCAAAUGUAUAAUUCUGGUGUUACGGAAUCAUUUCAUGAAUUAAUGAGACCACAUUUAUGUAUUUAUUUGGAUGCACCGGUUAAUGUUGUUCUGGAUAAAAUUAAGAAGCGAAAUGCUCCAGGCGAAAAGGAUUCAAAAGUAUUGAAUGAAAAAUUCCUCACUGAUCUUGAACACAAUUACAAGUAUAAUUUCCUCAAGAAUAUGAGUGAACAUGCAAAUAUUUUAAUUUACGAUUAUUCAAAUGGUGGAGAUUUUGAAGUAAUUGUCGAAGAUAUUGAAGCUUUAGAUUUUGAAAUUGUUAAAAAUUCCAAGAAAUUCGAAGAUUGGGAUUUAGUAACUCAUGUUCAUUGGACCAAUAAAAGAAGAUUGUAUACUGAAAGGGAACAUAAUUUGCUUCGUUUGGCCAUGCCAAGAGAUAGUGUUGCAGUUGAAUGUAGAAUACCAGCUGGUGAUGCGGAAAUUCAAGCCGAUGUAUUAGAAAAAUAUGCUCCACGACAAUGUUGGGAUUCUACGUAUUUUCCAAUUAAAAAGAAUUACCUGGAGAGAAAAUUCUUACGUUAGAAUAAUUCAAAAAAGAAUUUUCUAGCCCAUCAAUAAAAUUAGGUUUGUAUUUAAAACAAAAAAGUUAUUUAAAAAAAAGAAUUAACCAUCAUAAAAAUUUACGUUAAAAUUAAAAUUUUGUUAAAAAUAAAAAUAAACUAAAAACAUAA